GCAGCACUCUGACCCCUGCAUGCCUUACCUGCAGCAAAGCUUUAAGCAAGAAUACAUGGACCCACUGUAUGAGCGGGCAGCCCAUAUGGCGGGGCCGGGUCACGUGAGUGGACAGGGACUCGGGCAUGGACACGGACACAACCAUGGCCAUGGACCACACCAACACCCACAGUUACACUCGCACCCACAUCGGUUCCCACCAGCCCACAUGAUGGUCAAGCAGGAGCCCACAGAUUACACCUAUGAACCAGAUGUGCCUGGAUGUCCCUCUAUUUACCACCACAAUGAGGGCUACCCAAACCCCCAGCAUGGCAAUGAAGGCUAUCUGUUUGAAAAUGACUCCCGUGUGGUUCCAGAGAAGUUCGAAGGUGAGGUGAAGCAGGAAGGGGGUGGUAUUUUCCGUGAGGGUACACCUUACCAGCGCCGUGGCUCUUUGCAGCUCUGGCAGUUCCUGGUGGCCCUUCUGGAUGACCCAGGCAAUGCCCACUUCAUCGCCUGGACAGGGCGCGGCAUGGAGUUCAAACUAAUUGAACCAGAAGAGGUUGCCAGGCUGUGGGGAAUGCAGAAGAACCGUCCAGCCAUGAACUAUGACAAGCUCAGCCGUUCUCUGCGCUACUACUACGAGAAGGGAAUCAUGCAAAAGGUGGCUGGGGAGCGCUACGUUUACAAGUUCGUUUGUGAGCCCGAGGCUCUAAUCUCCCUGGCCUUCCCCGACAAUCAGCGACCCAGCCUGAAGGCUGAGUUCGAGCGCUACGUCAACGAGGAGGACACAGUGCCUCUGUCGCACCUGGACGAGGGGGUGCCUUACACCCCGGAACAAGCCCCUCAAAACAUGGGCCCUCAGCCCUACUCCAAAGGCUACAUGUACUAAAGCCAGCCCCAACACGCCCUCCUUUCUACCCCACCUUCAGAGAUGUUCCCAUUGUACCAACCCACCAUCAUACAUGCCCCACAAAACCCCAUGCACCUCUUGCACAUGCCCACCCCAUCCUCUUGUAUAUAAGGAUAUGGUGUUUUUAUUUUAAAUUAAUCGCAUUAGGGAUUUUUUUUUUGGUUUUGUUUUAUUUUUAAGAGCUGUAUUCCUCUCACAUUCGAGGCUUAUUCAAUCCAUAAACCUGACUGUGGUUGAAGAGAUUGCUUAAUAAAUACUCAUAAUAAUAUUCAAA